UGCUCUGUGUACCGAGCAUGAUAAUCGAUGUCAACAAACUGCGAAGAAUUCGAGCGACCAGUCUGGCCAGUUCUUGUCGCCAGGGCAUCUUCCCCUGGAUAUUGAGGUGUUCUUUGGACGGAGCCCGAUAACACUGAUACCAACAAACCGCGAAGACUUUGUGCUACAAGUCUGUCCAGUUUCGUCUCUUCUUUCGUCCUGUCCUUCUCGUCCUUGGGGAAUGGGUAUGCACACCAACUGGCGUGACUGUGCCGCGUGGCAGAAGGAGGGGCUACCGUUGACAACGACCAGCAACGAAGCCUGCAAACUAUUUGACGCAGCUUUGACGCAGUACGUGGGCUGGUACGAUGAACCCCAGUUCGGCGGCUUGGAACAGACGCUGGAAAAACUCCAGCAAGCGGACCCAAAUUUCGCCAUGGGUCAAGCUUUAUACAAAGGUCUCGUCUUGUUGGGAACCGGACAGUCCGUGAUGCUGAAUGCGGAACUCAGAGGUUCCAUCGACCAAAUGGUGGCGUCUGCCACGUCACAGCCUAACCUGACUGAACGCGAAAAGGACCACGUCAGAGCAGUUCACGAACUGUCUCAAGGCCACAUGCGAAAGGCGGCCAGCAUCUGGGAAGACGUGCUAUUCGACCACCCGACCGACGUUUUAGCGCUAAAGUUCGCCAACCUUGCACACUUUUACUUGGGUCAACGACGCCAGGUGCGAGAUUCCAUCGCGAGAGUUCUACCCCGAUGGAAUCCAUCGACACCACUGUACGGAUACCUCCACGGUAUGCUGGCUUUUGGCUACGUCGAAAAUAACUCCUACGGACUCGCUCGCCGUUCUGCGGAAGAGGCCCUGAGGCUUAACGAACGCGACGGUUGGGCCACGCACGUUCUAGCGCACGUCUUCGAGAUGGACUGCCGGCCAGACGAUGGCAUCGCGAUGAUGAGCAAGACCGUCCAGAACUGGGAGACCUGCGGUCAUCUAGCAGGCCACAACUUCUGGCACUGGGCGCUCUUUCAUCUGGAAAAGGGCGAGUACGAUGCGGUCCUCGAGCUCUUUGACGGCCAAGUUGGAAAGAGGGUUAGCUCGGGCUCCCUGCUGGACUACACCGAUGCAGCGUCCUUACUCUACAGAUUGGAACUUGAUGGGACGCGCGUUGACGACAAAUGGGCCAAAGUUUACGAUGUGGCGAAGCCUCAUCUUCACGAUCACUUUUUGGGUUUUAACGACGCCCAUUUUCUGAUGGCUUGCGUGGGGACGAAAAAUAAAAGCGCUGUCAAGGACCUGCUAGAAUCGACGACCAAGUUCGUCGAGAGUCCAUCGGCAAGCGGGGACACUGCGAGGGCCAUUAAAGAAGUUGGCCUACAGUUGAUGGAAGCUAUGGUAAAGCAUAGCGACGGAGACUACGGUGCAGCGGUUGAGGAUCUGUUGCGUAUUCGGUACGAUAUAGUCAACAUCGGUGGGAGUAACGCGCAGAGAGACGUCUUCGAGUUGCUGUUGCUGGAUUCGGCGAUUCGGUCGAGCGAAGAGAGACAUCGUAGAGUGGCAGAAGCCUUGCUCAACGAGCGCGGACUUUUGAGACCGAAUUCGCCCAUGUUGAAGAGGCUGUGUGCGAGACUACGAUGAAGGGUGAAGGAAGAAGUGGUUUAAAUGCCUUGGUGACGUUUCCAGCUGUCCAAUACAUUGAAAAUAAAAUGCUUCGCAUGGUUGG